AUGGUUGAUCCAAAAAGGCACAUCAACGUCCUUUCCCCGGAGGAACAAGCGUUUCUAGAGGAAUGUGAAAAUGAGUUUGCGCAUCGGUUCACAGAUUUGGAUGAAGAGUUUAUGGCCCACUGUCAGCGCGAACAGAAACCUCCGCCCGUAGUACAUCCGUGGAACACUCGGCGUAACGGUGGUGGCGAACGAGGAGGUGGUAGAGGUGGAGGAGGUGGUAGAGGUGGGGGAGGUGCAGGGUGGCGGGGCGAGAGGCGAUUUAACGAUAGACAAGGCGGUGGUCGAACACCCUACCGUGGGCGUGAUUACGAUCAAUCCUAA